AUGUCUAAAAGAUGCUUUUGGGUUGCAUAUGAUAUUGAUCGAGUCGCCUCUUUUAUCCUGGGUCGGCCAGUGGGAAUACCAGAUGAGUUAAUUGAUGCAGAGCUUCCCCUGGAUAUUGAAGAUGAGAACAUCACUCACCACGGUAUAUUGGCGAAUCCUCGUGCGGCUGACGACCAGGUGCCAACAAUUAUGACGGGAACCCUGCAUAGUAUCAAGCUAAGGCAGCUAUGGGCGAGAUUUCAUGCAAAUCUCUACUCACCUCUACCACAAUAUCAACAUUCCAGUAGACAAUCCGCUACUGUUGAUAGUCUUCGCCAAGAGCUGGAAGAAUGGCAUGCAUCGGCUCCCACCCAUCUUGACUAUUCAUGUUCUCAUCCUUUGUCGGUGUUUGCUUCGGCCGAAUGGUUCCAAAUUGCAUAUAACCAUUCGAUCUUGAUUCUCUAUCGCUUAUGUAUUACUGGGAUUCUCGGUAAACGACGACAAUGGCAUGCUGAGCCUGGAACAAACGAUAUCGAUUCCACCGAGGAAGAAGAAGAUCUCCAACAAGCAUUUGAAAACUGUUCCCGCUGCGCUCGGGAUAUCUGCGUGUUAUAUCGUCGACUCUAUCAGAAGUCUACCGUUCAGUUUACCUGGGGAAGUCUCCACAUCCUGUUUCUUGGCGGCCUGACAUACUUGUAUUGUCUCUGGCGAUCGUGGCGAGUACGCCAGCAGACAAAACAAAGCGAAGUGAUCAACACAUGCAUGGCCUGCACAACAGUCCUGGUCAUUAUAGCAGAGCGGUGGAACUUGGCAACAUCGUAUCGCGACAUUUUCGAGGCCCUUUCCGAAAGAACUAUCAACAUGAUUUGUGGUAAUGGGAAGUCUGCUGGGCCAGUGCCUCCCCAAUCACAAUGGACUGUCCCAGAGGACAUUCUUCCCCCUGGACUAUCUCCAAGAGACUGGAGCUUGGGAUUUGAUGAUCUGGCCAUGCCACAAGCGUCGGACUGGCUUAUUCAGGAACUUUUACAGGAAUUUCCUGAACCUCCGCCAGAUCAGACGAACACUGGUCGAAUGGGGGAGGACUCCCGUCUUUCUCCAACUUACUGA